GCGUCGUCCCCCGCGUCGCGUCUGAAAUGCCGGCUGAUUGGCGAGCGGAUGCUCGCGGGACGCCCGCGGACGUGGCGCGCCAUUCGACACACGCGAAUUACGUGAUUAUCGGACGGAGCGGCACAAAUGGGCCCGAAUGGAACGGCCGUAGCGUCGUUGCCGACGAUAUCCUCCGAGCCGGCGUGAUUCCGACGUGCGCGCUCGCACUGCGAGAUGUAACCCGACGCCCCGAGCGUUGACGCCCUGCCGUUAACCCGGUCGCCGUGUUUGCGCGCAGCCAAGAUGAACAAGAAGGUGGUCACCGCGUUCUACCUGACGCUUAACAUCGUCUUCUCGAUUAUAAUCGUGCUCCUCAACAAAUGGCUCUACGUCCACACCCGCUUCCCGAACGUCACCCUCUCCAUGAUACACUUCCUCAUGACGUUCGUCGGUCUGAUAGUCUGCGAGAAGCUGGACGUCUUUUGCGUCAAGGACAUCGACAUCAAGGAGAUGGUGCUGAUCGCGAUGACGUUCUGCGGCUUCGUCGUCCUGACGAACCUGAGCCUGGCCCACAACACGGUCGGCACCUAUCAGGUGGCGAAGAUGCUGACGACACCCUGCGUGAUCGUGAUGCAGAUGAUAUUUUACAGGAAGCGCUUCGGCGUGCUCGUCAAAUUGACGCUGAUCCCGAUCACCCUGGGCGUCGUCAUCAACUUCUACUACGACAUACAAUUCAACGUCGUCGGGACCAUCUACGCGACGCUGGGCGUACUCGUCACGUCCCUGUAUCAAGUUAUGAUAAAUAGAAAACAGAAGGAGUUCCAGAUGGACCCGAUGCAGUUGUUGUUUUACCAAGCGCCGCUGUCCGCCGUCAUGCUGUUGAUUGUUGUCCCAAUUCUAGAGCCGGUCGGGCAGACGUUCGCGCACAAUUGGUCGCUGUUGGACAUAAUGAUGGUGGUACUGUCCGGUGUGGUCGCCUUCUUCGUCAACUUGACUUCCUACUGGAUCAUAGGAAAGACAUCGCCUUUAACAUACAACAUGGUCGGACAUUCCAAAUUCUGCCUCCUGCUGCUAGGAGGCUCGUUGCUUUUCCAUGAAACGUUAGCGAUAAAUCAAGUCAUUGGUAUAACUUUGACGCUGGUGGGGAUUAUAUUGUACGCUCACGUCAAAAUGAAAGAUAACCAGACGACGGUGUCGGAGGACAAAGAGACGAAGCCUCUGUACAAAGUAUGAUUCCGUUUCAGGGGGAGACAGAAGCGAAGGAAUUGAAAGAGAUAAGUCGCAGUACUUAAUGACGCAUAAGUUUUGUAAGCUGUUGAAAUGUACAUUGCAAUAAACAUUUAUUUAUUAUUCUCGAG